GCAACAAAAAAACAGAAGAAAGAUGGUCUUUCACAUGGACGGGAUGUCGCGUCUAAAGUGGCUUUUAAUUUUGGCAUUUUUGUGCGUUUCUGUUAGUUCCAAGAAGCAGCCAAGCAUAGUGCAACUCAGUGAAGAAAAUUGGGAACAAAUGCUCGAAGGAGACUGGAUGAUCGAGUUUUUUGCACCAUGGUGUCCGGCGUGCAAGAACUUGGGCCCCAUUUGGGAGGAGUUUUCAAAGUGGCAGGAAGAUCUCGACAUCAAAGUGGGCCACAUUGAUGUGACGGUGGACGUUGGACUGAGUGGGCGAUUCAUGGUUACUGCCCUACCCACAAUCUUUCAUGUCCACAACGGAGAGUUCAGGCAGUACCGCGGUGCCAGGAAGGUCGAGGACUUUGUAACAUUCAUCGAGGACUCCAAGUGGCAGGAAAUUGAGCCCAUUCCCAGCUGGAAGUCCCCCUCCUCCCUGCAGAUGUCCGUCGUCGCCUAUUUCUACAAACUGUCCAUGGUUUUGAGAACGGUGCACAACCACCUGAUGGAAACCUACGGACUGCCCAUUUGGGGCAGCUACCUCAUCUUUGCCCUGUUCACCAUUUUGGUCGGCGCCCUGCUUGGACUGCUUCUUGUCUGCGUCAUUGAUUGCAUCUAUCCUCCCAAGCCCUCAAGUCGGGCUGCCGACUCCAAAGGAGAAAGUGAACCAGAGGAAGAUGAUGAUGAUGACUGCAUAAAAGAUGAUCGAGUUGGUGGAGGAAGUGCCUCUGAAGGAGAGGAGGAUCAAGAUGAAGAGGAAUUAGACGCUUCGGAAGAUGAAGGUGAAGGCAGCCAAGCUUCAGAACCUUCGUCAGCUCAAGCCAGUCCGAAUGUGAGGCGCAGGAAACCACCCAGAGCCGACUAAGCAGGUUAUUCCUGCUCCCAGUUUUGAGGCUCAAUCCCAAUAACUAAUGCGGCAGUGUUGAGUCUGUCGAACCAAGGCUGAGUGAUCGAAUGAUUAUCAACUUAAUUAUCUCUCGUCUUUCAAAAGAAGGGAUAUUUUGGAUUUACGUUUAAAUCUGCAAAGUUAUCCGGUUUCUGCCUUUGUUCCUGGCCUAGCGAUCUGGUGAGUCUCGAGUCCAUUGCGUUUUCUUAUGUUAGAACGUGAUCAGCAUGUCGGUAAUCUACGAUGAAAUUUUCUUUUCCAGGUCACUUGAAUAAUUUUGUAUUAUUUGAGUUGACACAAUAGAAAUUGGCAAGUGUCUCUGUUAACCCUUUCUUAACUAAUUAAUUAUAUAAAAAUAUUCUUAUAAACUCACACAUUAAACGCACACUUCAAAUUGGUUUUGAAAUUUCAAUUUUAUAUUUUUAUAUGUCUUUUGUCACUGUAUUUACCACCUUGAGUAGUGGCGUUUAUCACUUAAAUAUUCAGGCGAGAAUAGUUUCCUUGUCGUACUUGCCAAUUUCUCCAAUUCGGCACUUAAUGAACUGUAAUAAAAUGCACCCACCCACCCUUAUUAAGCAAGCAUUUUGGAGCUUAUCCAAAAAUAAAUUUUUGCCUUGUAUGCAAAAGAAAGCUUUAGUGAAAAAUCUUUACUCAUUAGCAAACGAUAUAAUGUUUUCUGGCUAUGUUUUUUAUUUAGCUUUUCAGCCAUAACAAUUUAAACAUGUUUGUACACUAUCCUAGUUUCUAGUGCUGAAAAGUUACACUCAAGGACAUUUCACUUGCAAAAUUGUAUUGCCUAAAUCUAAAACAAGAGUGUCUAAUUUUUAAUAUUUUCCUUCUACCAUUCCUUAGCAAAUGUUGCGAAUGUUAAAAUGAGGACAAUUAAUGCAACGCUUUCGUAUGUAUAAUUAACUUGUAAGGAAUUAUUGCUUUGAUGCAUAUGAUUAACAAUUGUUAUCCAAAUAAAAUGCAAAAUGUAAUUAUUGGUAAA